AUGAGGAACUUCUGGUUGAAACGAAACGAACUGGCAAUCCAAGAAGGCUGCAUAGUACGAGGUGAAAGGGUGGUAGUACCAAAGAAACUGCAACGCGACACAUUAAAAUACUUACAUUUAAAUCACUGCGGCGUGGUGGCAACUAAAGCAUUUGCCCGAUCGUACGCAUGGUGGCCCGGGAUCGACGAGGACAUCGAAGUAAUGAUCAGCAACUGCGACAAUUGCCAAGAAACUAAAAACAACCCGCCCCGAGCACAGAUCGAAAAUUGGGAAAUCCCGCAAAACCCGUGGACUAGGCUUCAUAUUGACUUUGCUGGACCAUUCCGAGGACAAGUUUUCCUGAUUGUAGUCGACGCAACGUCAAAAUGGAUCGAAGUUUCCAAAGUCUCCUCGACAACGUUAAAAAGAGUAAUUAUUGAACUAAGAAGACUUUUUGCCACCUUCGGCACACCAAAAACAAUCGUCUCGGAUAAUGACACGUCAUUUAAAUCAGCAGAAAUGGCGGAAUUUACAAAAAAAAAUGGAAUUAAACAGGUUUUCGUUGCUCCGUAUCACCCGGCGGCAAACGGACAAGCGGAACGCGCUGUGCAAACAACCAAACGUAACCUUAAAGUUCUCAUCGAUGGAAACUGGGAAGAAAAAAUGAGCAGAUUUUUGUUGAAACAACACACGACUCCUUCAGCAACAACAGGCCUCACACCAGCAGAGAUAAUGAUGAACCGAAAACUGCACAUUCCACUGGACAUAAUGAAACCAAAUAAAGAAGAAAAAAACCCGACGUCGGCGGAGACUCGGGCUGGUACAAGAAAAUUCAAGAUAAACGAGACGGUUUGCAUGAGGAUAUACCAGAGCAAAACGGGGCCGAAAUGGGCACGAGCAAUCAUUAUAAAAAAAACUGGCCCCCUGUCAUACCAGGUACGAGAACGAAACACUGGACUGGUACACAGACGUCACGUGAACCAACUCAUCAAGAUCAAGACCGGACCAGAAAGUGAGCCAAAAACACUGUCGACGCCAAAAAAGAAACCAAUGGACGAAAACCAAACUCACUAUCCACUUCGAAGCGCUCAGUUCGGUUGGACCAUUGUGCCCGGGCCCUUUGGGGCACCCCUAGUGUGUAGGGAACGAGGUCAGGCCGGCCAGCUUCGCGAAAUGAAGCAGCCUGCCCACCCCCAUUUCCUCGAUUUUGCUCUCGCCGGUGUAGUUAGCUCCGAGGGCCUGCUUACGCGGUCCCUCGAGCCCCCUACACUGGGUGAUGAGGUGGCGGGGGGUCUCCUAUUCCCCUUCACAUCUCGGGCCCAGGAACUCUGA